AUGACAUCUGUUCGUGGUCGUCGUCUGCUGCUGCUGCUGCUGGUCCAGCUGGUGGUCCAGCUGAAGGCGAACGUGGACGUCAUGAAGGACGUCACUCUCGGGUUCGGAGAGGCGCUGAAACUUUGUCGGGAAGAAAGUCAGCUGACGGAGGAGAAGAUGGAAGAGUUCUUCCACUUCUGGAGAGAUGACUUCAAGUUCGACGACCGCGCGGUCGGCUGCGCCAUCAAGUGUAUGAGCUCACAUUUCGACCUGCUCACCGACUCCCACAGGAUGCAUCACAACAACAUGGACAACUUCAUCAAGUCCUUCCCUAACGGUGAGGUUCUGUCGCAGCAGAUGGUGACUCUGAUCCACGAGUGUGAACAACAACACGACUCAGAGGAGGACCACUGCUGGAGGAUCCUCCGGGUGGCGGAAUGCUUCAAGAGCUCGUGCAAGAAGCACGGCAUCGCGCCCACCAUGGAACUGCUGAUGGCCGAAUUCGUUAUGGAGUCGGAGGCCAACUGA